UUCUUCCUCCAGAAGCAGAGCGGCUCCUCCUCUCCACGCUCCGGACCUGAGGCCACAUCAGCGGGACAUCUUUCCCACAAAACAGCCCUCUUAAUGAGAAUAAUUUAAUCUUUUAUUAACCGGAGGGAUUCCCGUUGUUUCCGGUUAUUCCCCGGGAUAAAAAAAAAAGGGAUUAUACCGGGGAGCGGAGGAGGCGGUGAUGGAUCGGUCCCGUUAAAGUUGGCUGGAGAAGAGGAUCCAGAGAGCGGCUGCUCCGGUGCUGUCCCCCCCGCCUCGGGAGCCAUGGGCUGCGGCUUGAGGAAGCUGGAAGACCCGGAGGACAGCAGCCCCGGGAAGAUCUACUCCACCUUAAAGAGACCACAAGUGGAGACUAAAACCGAGACCGUGUACGAGUACGUGCUGCUCGACUUCAGCCUGGAAGGCAGCCGUCCCACGGUCCAGUAUGUGGCGUCCCUGUCCGAGCUGCCCCAGGCCCUGCAGCCGUACUACACCCAGGGCUACGUCCUGGCGGCGCUGCACCCCAUCAUCCUGUCUGUGGGCCGGACCCGCUCGCUGCCCUUCAGCCUGCUCUACAGAGCCAUUCUGGCCCGUCCCAGACCCAGUAAACAGAUGGCGUCGAUGUGCUACAGCGUGCCGAUCCUGAAGGUGGAGGAGUGGCCGCUACCUGGAGACUCUCUGACCGGAGACACGGUGCGGGCGCUCAUCGACAGGGUGAACAGCAGCGCUCGCGGCGGCGUUCGCUUCGUGGGCUCGGUGCUGCAGCAGGUGAGCGGGGUCACUAACGGCAGAGUCCACAGCCCCAAGAGAGGCUGCCGCUCCCCCCCCCACUCCCCCCCUCGUACUCCGCCCGGCGACAGAGAGCUGGAAGAGAACACCUACAGUCCAGACCUCAGGCUGCUGGUCUUCUUCCACUCCUGGGCUCCGGGCUGCGCCCCCCUGGACUCUCUGGCCUGUCAGUACCACCAGGGGGCGCUCUCCAUGCGCGUCUCCAGGAAGGGUCAGGUGGUCAGCUCGCUGGAAGCUGAUUGGCUGGAGCUGACUGCUGCCUACUACUGUAAAGGCUGGUCGCUGGUGGACUCCUUCGUGUACUGGGACACGCCCAAAGGCGAGCCGGUGCCUCGUUCUCUGGAGGGAUUGUUUGUGUACGAGGAGAGAAGCACGGCUCCGCCCGCCAACGACACCAUCGUGGUGGAGCAGUGGACCGUCAUCGAGGGCUCCAACGUUAAAACCGACUACGGGCCUCUGCUCCACACGCUGGCUGAGUUCGGCUGGCUGCUCACCUGUGUGCUGCCCACGCCCAUCAUCCGCCACGACAGUGAUGGAAACUUGGCCACCAAGCAGGUUGUGUUCCUGCAGCGGCCGGUCCGAGGUCAGACAGCAGGACAGAACAGGAACCAGUCUCUGUCGGUGCACAGCGAUGUUUCCAGCCGAUCAGUGAGUCGAGCGGUUAGCAGCCCCGUCCCUCCAGAGGAGCUGUCUCCCACCGCCGGGGGCAUCGGGGGCUUCCCGGUGUUCGGGGGCGGCUACCCCAGCGCCCUGUCCCACCUGGAGGAAGGAGGCUUCGAGCAGGAGGAGGGGAAAGCUGAGGUCACCUGCAUGUGAGGACGCAGACUCACUGCUGACGGGUCACUGAAGGAAAAAAGACCCGAACUCGAGAGAGUCCACAGACCUCCUCGUUCCUUUAACAGAGACUUUAAUGUAGAAGAACUCAGCACUUUUUUAAAAAUGUUUUUAAUGAAGCCAUAAUGAUAAUGAGGUAUUAUGUACAUUUAUGUUUAAAUUUUUCAAAAACAUUUUUUUGGGGGAAACACAUUUAUCAGGCAAAGAAC